UGCAUGUACUACUGCCCACUUGAGCUGUUUUCAAUUCGCAGAUACCAUUACCUUUAAUAAAAAUGACUUAAGGAGCAACGGGACAAAAUAAUUAUUGCGUAAGGAUAACUUUCCAGGUCAUAUUAGUUUUGAUUUGGAAUAUUCCUCGGAUUACCUUCUGGUUUUGAAACGAUCUUCUUAUUCCUGAGACCUCGCUGGUUCUUUAAGCCCGGAAAGAUCUCAUUUUUCCACCCCCUCAUGCAAGAACCAGACAAGAGACUCCAUGACCCUUUGAUCCCGAAAUCGGAGUCUUGCUGGCAUGACCGGAAAGAUGAGGGAAAACAAGAGACGUUGCUCAAGGAACGACCAGCCAAAGUCAGGUUCCAGGAAAAUGAGCCCGGGAGCGAUUCUGCCGCUCACAGAAGUGGCCGGUUCAACGGAUACGCUCUUGCCGGGGCCAUCUUGGCCUCCACCAACUCCGUCCUAUUGGGAUACGAUAUUGGGGUGAUGAGUGGCGCAGCGAUGUUCAUCAAAGAGGACCUCAAGAUCACAUCAACACAAGUUGAGAUCUUGGUUGGCUCCCUCAACGUGGUGUCGCUGUUCGGGUCUCUGGCCUCAGGCCGGACCUCUGAUUGGAUCGGCCGCCGGUGGACCAUUGUCCUCACGGCCAGCACGUUCUUCAUCGGCGCGCUUCUGAUGGGCCUCGCCCCGUCGUUCUCGUUCCUCAUGGCUGGGAGGGUGGUCGCUGGGGUCGGCGUUGGGUUCUCCCUCAUGAUCGCUCCAGUCUAUGUGGCUGAGCUCUCGCCGGCGAUGACCCGAGGCUUCCUGUCUUCGCUCCCCGAGGUCUUCAUCAACAUGGGCAUCCUCCUCGGUUACAUAUCCAACUACGCCUUGUCAGGCCUCCCGCCUGAUGUAAAUUGGAGGCUCAUGCUGGGCCUGGCCGCUCUGCCGGCUGUCGCGAUCGGGUUGGGCGUGAUGGCGAUGCCGGAGUCACCCAGGUGGCUAGUCCUGGAAGGGAGGCUGGAAGAGGCGAGGCAAGUCCUGAUCAGGACAUCAGAGACUGAGGAAGAGGCAGAAUUGAGGCUCGGCGAGAUGGUCAAUGCCGCUUCCCUCAAUCCUGGCCCCGCACAUUGGAACGGGCAGGGCGUAUGGAGGGAGCUCCUGUGGCGCCCGUCCCGGCCCAUCAGGAGAAUACUCGUCGCUGCAAUCGGGGUCAACUUCUUCAUGCAGGCAUCCGGGAACGAUGCUGUCGUGUAUUAUAGCCCGGAGGUGUUCCGAGACGCUGGAAUCAGCAACCGGCAGCAGCUCAUGGGGGUCACGGUGAUCAUGGGAUUUGCGAAGACGUUCUUCGUGUUUGUAUCAGCCCUUUUCCUGGACCGGUUCGGGCGGAGGCCCCUCCUGCUGCUGGGCUCCGCCGGGAUGGCGAUGUCCUUGGCCGGGCUGGGCAUGGGCUCUGCAUUCCUCAGGAGCUCGGGAAGCAAGCCCCCAUGGGCCAUCGCGCUGUGCGUGGUGGCCCUCUGCGCCGACGUCUCGUUCUUUUCGAUCGGGCUUGGGCCCAUCACGUGGGUCUACUCGUCCGAGGUGUUCCCGACGAGGUUGCGGGCCCAGGGCACAAGCCUGGCCAUCGCGGUGAACCGGCUGGUGAGCGGGGCGGUGGCGAUGUCGUUCCUGAGCAUCUCCAGAGAGAUAACGUUUGGGGGGAUGUUUCUUGUGCUCGCCGGGGUAAUGGGGUUUGCGACCGUGUUCUUCUAUUUCUUCUUGCCCGAGACGAAAGGCAAGAGCUUAGAAGAGAUUGGGGCUUUGUUUGAGGAUAGAGAUUGAUGAAUAGACAGACGAAAGAGCAAGCCAAUGAAUAGUGUAGAUAUGUCAUCAAUUUGUAUGAUUUUGUGCCAGUGAUUGAAUUGUCUUGUACGCAGAAA